AACUAGAGAGAGAGGGGCAAAAUAACACGCUUGUGUGUGUGAGUAGGAGCGACCUGGAUUAAUAGGAGGAGGGCAACUAAAGACUGCCCGUCAGAUCAGUAACAAUUUCGUCAGACGGACCCUGCUGAUUCUUGUGGGCGCAGUUUAACCUGAUACACCUGCACAAUUCACAGUAGCAUUUGCUGUGUUUUGUUUCUAUUAAUCUCUGCUUAACUAUAUUUUCGUUCUUUUCUUCUGCUUCGUAAACGUCUGUGGCAUGGGAUGAAAUUCUGGAACGGGGAGUUAUUGGGGGAAGAACGAGAUAAACCCUAAGUUCAUGUGGAUGAAACUCCAAUUCUGGAAUUGAAUCUGAUCGAUUGCGAAACGGGUUUUGGUCUGAUCGGUUCGGCAAUGACGAGGCGGAAGGAACGGAUCCUGAAGGAGCUGUACGACAUAACCGAGAAGAUUGCGGAACCGGAGGCAUAUAACGCCAGUCUUGAAAGGGAGUUGCCGAAUACAAGGACCUGUUGAUGAUGCAGACCAUGACAUUCAGAUGAAUACGGUGAGACAUCAUUGACAUUAACAGGGGAUCAUCUCAAGUUGAAAGAGGAUUUAGUAUGCAUUAUGUAAGUGGGAAAGUUAAUGUGAGAGCAGAAUCCGGGAUAUGUAACGUCUGCGCUACUCCUUGCUCAUCCUGUAUGCAUUUUAACCGAGCUGCAUCCUUCAUGGGAUCAAAGUCUGAGUUUUCAGAUGAAACUUCUCAAGGAAAAGCAGCUAGUCGGUGUUCUUUAAAUGAUGCCAAUGUGCCACAUCCUUCGAAGAGCAGAGCAUGCAGUGAUGGACAACCUACAUUUAGUGAAACAAGUAACUUGCUCAGUGCCAGUUCAAGUCAUGACUCAAUCUCCGAAAACGCUGAAAGUAAAGCAACCUUGAAGACCUUUGAUGCGUCAGAUGCGUCUGAAGAUGUUGAGAUGCUUCCGAAACUCUCUUCAGGUGGAACCGGUGGGGAAGAUCAACCUAUUUCAAAGGUACAGUGGAUUUCUCAGACUGCCGUAACAUCAUUGCAAGGUUGUCUUGCAUCAGAUUUGGGUCAGAGAACUUAUUCAAACCAGUUUGAGGAGCAGAAAGGUUUAGAAUGCCAUGGUGAUAAUAUUUCAUGUGUUAGUGGAGCUAAUGAGGCAAAUGUGGCAGUUGUAGAUCUUAAUGUGGACAUAAACAGGAAAAAUUUACCAUGUAAUUUGGCUUCUGUUAGCAGUUCUUCUCCAGGGGGUACGGACAUAACACUUUCUGCUCAAAAUACUUCAAGUUGUAUUGAUGAUUUGAAUUGUAAAAUAGAGGAGAGCAGAAAUAACUCUAGGUGGCCAAGCACAGUCGCCAUAGAAUCUCUAUACAAGAGAAGUACUAAUGCUGCUACACCCCCAGUAUUAACUCCAAAGCCAGAGCCAUUAGAUAUACCUUCCUCAAAAGAUGUUUAUCCUAUCAGGGUUUCACGAAAAGUUCAGAGUCCCUAUUCUCAUUCUCAAAAUGGUAACUCAGUCUCCCAUGAUACAGAUGGGAAGGAUUUGGAAGAAGAUUCAAGUUCACAUCACCGGGAAGAACCCUCUGAAUGUUCCACAGAACAUGUUAAAUCUUCAUUAGGACAAGUUGUAGAGUCCAACAGUGCUACAGGAAAAACUGUUCCACUUAAGUGUGCUAAAAUUGUUCCACAGUUAGAAAACGGUAAAGCUAGCCUUAGCAGAAGUAACUCUUGUGGGGCUUCAAUGAAAGUUCAUCCGUGCUUAGAAUCUGAACCUGCCUUGGUUAACGGGGACCCAUCAACUGAAACCAUAAACUGUUUUGUCAAAAAUGAACAAGUUGAUAAGCCAUGUGCAUUGGCCAAGGUAGCUGAUAUGCUUGAGCCUCCUUUGCAGUCUGAGCCUGUUGAUGAGAGUGAUGGAUCAGAUAUUGUUGAGGAUGAUGUAAAGGUUUGUGAUAUCUGUGGUGACGCAGGUCGGGAAGACUUGCUUGCCUUUUGUAGUAGGUGCAGUGAUGGGGCUGAGCACACUUAUUGCAUGCGAUUAAUGUUGGAUAAGGUCCCAGAAGGUGACUGGAUGUGUGAAGAAUGCAAGCUCAAGGAGGAUACUGAAAAACAAAAGCAGGAUGAGGUCGAAACUACAUCAGGGUUUUCUAAAGAACCAUACCUAAGCGAAAGAAGUCAAAAUUCUGGAGGUGCCAGUACUGUCAGUUCAAAGAUGAUGAUGAAGGUGGAAUUGAAGGCGCCAGAUUCCGAGGGAAACAGGAGUGCCAAAGUUAUCUCAAGUUCCCUUCUGUCUGUUAAGAGGCAUCUAGACAAUUCUGAGGUUGCUUCGGCAGAAAAAAGGCAGGCAUUUGAUACAAGCGUAGGAUCUCCAAAGGCCUCCAGCCCUAGCAAAAAGCCUUUAUUGUCUCGAGAAAGUUCAUUUAAGAGUUUGGAUAAGGGGAAAGUAAAGACCAUCCAUAAAGUAGCUUCAUUUGGAAGCCACUUUGCUAAUAAUUCUCAUGAAAUUGCACAUUCUCCUACUACUACAGGUCCUAACCCUUCAAGGAUCCAAUCACGACUUCAGUCACCCCGGGGUACUCUUUUAAAGUCAAAAUCAUUCAAUAUGUUAAACUUGAAAUCAAAGGUCAAAUUGGUACAGGAGGAUGUCUCCCAGAAGAAAAAAGUUGCUGGAAACUGUGUGAUAGGUGACAUGAAAAAGGAGGGUCUUGUCAGAACAUUAGGUAAAUCUAUGUCAUUCAAAUCGGAAAACUUGGGUUGCUUAAAUGUGACUGAAUCAAAAGUGAAAAUUCUUUCCCCUAAUCUCUCUCGUGUUGAAGAACUAAAGGGACUAAAACAAGCAAAAGAGCAGAACUUAAUUGAAAGGAAAAAUUCAUUCAAAUCAGAUCGCCCUUUGGUCAGUUCUCCAAGAGCUGUUUCUAGCAUGUCUACUCUGAAGAAUGAUCAAAAAAUUAAUUCUCGUGCUGAAAAUGCAUCAUUUCUAUCCUCUGCAACUAACUUCCGUGAUCCAAAACCUGCUCAAGCUGACGGUAAAUUAAAAACUUCAUCAAAACCGGCCAAUCUUGCAAAUAAAGGAUCAGAUAUUCGAAAUGCUUUAGCUGCAUCCAAUGAAGUGAAGAGACAGAGUGUGGUUGGUGCUCUAUCAUCUAAUGGAAGGUGCAGUUCUACUGAGCAAAAGCCAAGCCAAGUUAGUCCCAAGGACGAGCCUACAUCAAGUUCUUCUGUGUCUGCUGAUAGAGCAUGUGGUAAACAUGAUACUCUUCUGCAAGAUGGCUUACCUCAAUCUCGUGAAUCCUUGAAUCAGGGGGCAAAGUCCAGGGAGCCACCUCAUUUAGGCCAUUCAAGGCAAAGUAUCUCUGUUGGGGGUCAAAGUGCCCGUUGUCAAAAAUGUAAAGGGAUGGGUCAUGUUGCACAAUCCUGCCCAGUUUCUAAUUCUCGGGUUUCAGUUCUAGAAGCUUCUGCUGAGAAAAUCUCAAAAGAGAUGAUGGAUAAAAGUUGCAAGUUGAAAGAAGCAGUUGAACCCAAGAUACUAAAACGACCUGGAAUAUGCAGAAAGAAUAGGUCACCUGAGCAGCUGGAUGAAUUGUCCAUGUCAAGUACUGAUUUGAGUACUGAAGUUUCUAAAGAUCAAUUAUCAGCUUCAUCAAGUUGCUUGAGAAAUAAUUCUAGUCAAGGGACUAGUGAUGGACAAGAAAUUGUCAGGAAUUCUGCUGCUGACAUCAGUAGAAUUACAACUGUCGAUAAUGUGAAGCAGUAUGCCAUACACUUAAGAGAAGAAAUAAUUUCCCCCCAAGCAGGAGAAUCAGAUCCCUCUUUCUCUGUGGAUGCAAAUAAGACGAGUUCUUCCAUAAGAAACCUUCCUUUUCUAGAAUCUUCUGUGGCUGCUCCUUCAGGGAUUUCAGUAAUUCCUGAACAUGAUUUCUUAUGGCAAGGUUGUUUUGAGGUGCAAAGAAAUGGAAUACUACCUGAUCUCUGUGAUGGGAUUCAAGCACACUUGUCAACCUGUGCAUCGCCUAAAGUCCCUGAGGUGGUGAAAAAGUUUCCUAGCAAAGUCCUGUUGGAGGAAGUUCCCUGCCUGAGUACAUGGCCAAGACAAUUUGAUGAUAACCAUGCAACAGAAGAUAAUGUUGCUCUCUAUUUCUUUGCCAAAGAUAUUGAGAGCUAUGAAAGAUACUACAAGUGCUUGGUGGAUAAGAUGAUCAGGAAUGACUUAGCUCUCAAAGGAAAUUUUGAUGGAACUGAACUUUUGAUAUUCCCAUCAAAUAAGUUACCAGAUAAAUCCCAGCGUUGGAACAUGUUAUUUUUCCUCUGGGGUGUUUUUAGGGGAAGGAGGCCAAAUUGCUUGGAACAGACACCUGGGCCUCAGAAAAAGGUCUCUCAAGCCAAUCUAGAUACGGUAUUUGCUCACCAAAACUUGCCAGCUAGUGUCCAGCCUGUACAUAAGCAAUUACAUUUGCCUGGGCAGAUGGAGGAUUUAUCUGCAAGUAAUAAAUCAUUUUGUGGGCCAGAAGCAGACAAAUCCACUGCCUCGGUGGAACUGCCAUUUUUAUCAUCUGGAAGACUGGAUGGAGAUUGUGAACCAAAUAUAUCUUCUCUUGACCAUAAGUAUACAAGUUCACAUAAGAAUUUUGAUCAGCAAGGUAGUGGACUUGACAACAAUUCCAUGUCAAGGAUCCAUACAGGCGAUGAGCAGUUGUCAACAAAAUCCAACAGCAACACUUUGAAAGAACAGACAAAUAAAGAGGGCAUGCAAGAAGGGAAGAUUCAAACCUGUACUCAAGCAACUACACAAAAUGGUAAUCUCUAUAAAGGUAAAUCGGUGCCAGUGGAGUUAAAUAAUUCACUAGAUAGACAAGAUGAUUCAUCUUGUUCUUUAAAGACACCUCCCUUCAGUACAUCUCUUUCCCAAGGGUUUGGUGUUGUGGGGGGCACAGAUAAACAAAAAAUCCCGGAGAGAAUGCAGGACGAAAUCAGAGAUGAAAUGAAAAUUCAGAAGGAAAUGAUGAGUCCAGAUGGAUUGAUGGAUAUUGGAACUGCUUUGAAGAGGACACUGAAAAGUGAAUCACUGGACAAAGGAAAUUGCAACUGGGAGAGCAAUAGCAGGAAACGGCUACACAUGGAUUCUGCACUGAUGAUUCAACAAGUUUCUGGUGAAACCUCAAGUUCUAGGAGUCGGGCAACCCUUUGGAUGGGGGAGGAUCAUCUAUUGGUUGGUGGAGAAAGUGAAAUGAAGAAGAUAAAGAGGUGUUCAAGUGUAGUGUAUGGUUGUAAUAGUUCUAGCGAACAAAAUUCUUUCAAUGAAAGAUUUCCACCUCAGGUACAUGAUGUGGCUUCUGGCUUCCCUAUCAAUGAGCAGCAGCAAUAUGGUGAGCCUUAUGAGCGCAUGGAGAACUUGAGGACUACUGAAAGGCACUUCUUUCCUUUAGAUUUAGGUUCUGUGAAGGACUGUAAACCUAGAGAUACUUCUGUGUCAUCACAAAUUCUUUCAUCAAACAAUGAAGAUCUACUGGGAUCUGAAGCCCCAAAUCUAGAGCUUGCUUUAGGGGCUGAGAGGAGACCGCCAAAGCAGGGAAUGCUACCAUGGCUUGUUGGGACGGCAGACAAAAGAAAUACCAGAGACCCAGUGGCAAACAAGAAGGUUGACGACGAUGGUGUCUCAGCUUCUCUUUCUCUCUCUCUUGCUUUCCCUUUCUCCAGCAAGGAACACACUGUGAAGCCUGUUUCAAUAACAGAGCAGCUCUUGCCUGAGGCUCACCGGGUGAACACUUCACUUUUCCUCUUUGGUGGCUUCUCAGACAAUUAGAUCUGGUUCAAUGCACACCUUGUAUAUUACGGCCCCAUGAAUUCAGUUGGUUCAUGGCAGGAAUAUAUCCUUGGGUUUGAUCUAUCCCAUCUGUUCAUAGCCAUAUAUACAUUUGUAAUUUUUUUUUCAUUCUCCCUUCCACCCGUUUUUGUUUCUUUUAUUUUCUUUGUUUUCGGGUGCAUAGAAACGGCUAGUUGUAUAUAAAGAGAAUGAUGGCCAAGGAGUCUUCUUAAAUGCCACGCGGGACUCGCAAAUUGGUGUGUUUGAUAACAGGGUGUAUGCAAGAGAAGUUUGCAGAUGGUGGGGCUGGUAGGGAAAGAGGGGGGCUCCAUGCUCAGUGCUUCUACCAACAUCUUGUUAUAUCCCAUGGCCCUGCGGAUUGUGUGCCAUGGUCCUGUUGGCCCCCCUGCACGUUGGAAUCAAGUGAUAAAAAAAAGUUCAAAUAUCUUUAAAAGUAGCCCUGAAAAAAAGGUAUAUGAAUAGGAAUGCCUAUAGGAGAGAAUCUAAAAUGGAAUUAGAUGGUCAAUGGGAGAUAUAGAGGAAUUUGACCCUAGUUGCAAAUUUUGCAGAGAAAAAUGAAGAUGCAUGACAUCUAUUUUUGUAAAAUGUAAACUACAAAUUGGGAACAUAAAUUUGGCUAUUGGUAGAAGUGCCUGAAGUAUGGAAAUAAUAGUGCUUAUCAAUAGUUAAAAA